UUGCGUAACCAAUUGGUAGACGUGAGAACCGGCAGACAAACCCGCAAGACCAUGGAACCUGUUGGUGACCAAUCGAAGAAGAAGAGCAAGGGAAAAAAAUUGGCUGCCAUUGAAGAGCGCAAAGCAUUUCUGAGGCAUGAAGCACUCAAACGAGAGAGAAAAAUCGCCAAUCGAAAUAAUGAGAGUCUACGGCGUUCCUGGAUUAAAAUAAUGGCGGAAAUCAAGAUCCCCAUUAUGAAAGAAGACGUCGAGGUCAGCAGGAACAUAUUUGAUCGCACCCUUGACAUUCAGAAUUACAGAGGUCAUUCCCUCCUGGAGGGAUUAACAGAGGCUGAAGCCCAAUACAAGAGAAAUAUCAGUGGUCACAUGACCGUAAUAAAUCGACUGGAAGAUCUGUACAACGAGAGAUCAACAACCGGAUAUAAUAAUUAUAAACAAUAUGUCGACGAGAUACUCGAAGAGAGCGAGACUGAUGUUGAGAGGAUCCUGUGGAUAAAUGACGAGAGCGAGGGUUUUUUGCAGUCAUUAAUAAAUCGAGAGGGAAAAAUGACCGAUGAGCUUUUGGAGGGACUUCAAAGCGAAACCGCGUAUAAACUCGAUAAUUUACGAGAGGACGGAAAUCACUCGACGAAGAUGGCAUUAAUCGAUAUAGAGAAUAGCAUCAGAUAUUAUUGGAACGCUGUGGAUUCUCUCGUAACUAAUUAUUCAAAUGAUACAAAUGAGCGACGAGUAUCUUAUGAGUGCUUGAAAGCGAAAGACGCGAAGGACAGGGAAAAAAUAACUGAGCAAUUAACGGAAACAGGAGAAUUGUACGAGACAAUUCGCAAGUAUCAGGAGAAGAUCAAGAAGCUGGAGGACAGUAGCAAAGACACGGCUGUUCACAUCAAUGUCGAGAGGAAAAUGUCUCGAGAUGCUUAUGCGUCGAUGAAAGAGCGAUUCAUGAAUGAACAGACUGGUGAUAAAAUUCAGAUGAUGCACCUGACCAAGGAGUACAACACCACAACGGAGAGCCUGAAGAAUCUGACGAAGAAAGCACAGAGUGUUCUGGCUUAUGUUCGCAUGUGUAGAAAGUUCGAGGACAGGGCACUUCCUGUUCAACGGGAUCCAGUUACUGGUUUCGAGUAUUUUUGGCGACGAGUUGGAGAAGUGGAGAUCGAGGUGAGAGGUCUCAGGGAUGACAGGAAAAUUCUCAACGAGGAGAAGGAGCACUUGAAGAGCCUCGUUAAGAAGAGAAUCCAGGGGACACAAUUGGAUCCCAAUGAAUUGGUUAAUUGGUGCUAAUCAAGGAUUAUUGGGCGCUGCUAUUGAGUUUAUCGAAUCUGAAAAUACAAAGUCUUCGAUACACAUUUGUCAGUUAUCAUCGGUUUUUUUAUCUUUUCUUGUUUCCUUUAGAAAUGAUAUAACCGUUGUUUCAUCAUUUGUAUUGCUUUCGGUGUAUUUGAAGUUCUGUUUCGAAACUCCGCUGAGUCAUCGGGUGUAACGAGAUAAAUCAAUGAAAAAUUCCCGGUAAAAAUUAUUCGUCACCGGAAAUUUUUGACGUGAAUUGUAUUUUUAUUCAAAUUCUAUGUAAAUACGAUCGUAAUUCCAAAAUUUGUACUUCUUUGAGAAUAUGUGAAA